AUGGCUUCGACCAACUACAAGGAGGCUUUCGCCCUGUUUGACAAGCGCGGCAACGGUCGCUGCACGGUCGACUCCCUCGGCGACCUGCUGCGCGCCUGCGGCCAGAACCCGACUCUUUCGGAAAUUGACGACCUGCAAAAGGGCCUUGGCCCAGAGUUUGACUUUGAGUCCUUCCAGCGCGUUCUCAACCGCCCGGGCGGCUUCCGCGACCCCGGCGAGCCCGAGGAGUAUUGCCGCGGCUUCCAGGUCUUUGACAAGGACAUGACAGGCUUUAUCGGCGUCGGCCAGCUCAAGUACAUUCUGACGAACCUGGGCGAGAAGAUGACGGAGGAUGAGGUCGACGAGCUGCUCAAGGCUGUCGACACCAGCUCCGGCCAGGUCAACUACACUGAUCUCGUCCGCACGAUCCUUGCCAACUAA